CUCGUCUUACUUUGCUUUGACGACUUCAACAUGCGCUUUAUCUCUUGAUAUAUGUCAUCUACUUUAUACCAUUUACACCCUUUCCCACCCUUUCCACAUCACAUGUCGAAUUAUGUCACCAUGGAUAGGCAACACGUUUGAUAACUAUACACUAAAAUGUCCAAACGGAAGCAAGUGGAGAAUCAUUGAAAAUAUUAGUGAAAAAUCAGUCGAAUUUCAUGCGUAUAGUAACUCCGGUGAAUUAUACGCAGAAGCCCAAGCAGUAUAUCUAUGUCGACAAGCUAAAGGCUCGCAUGUUGGCAUGGAAGCCAUCGUGAAAGUUCGGAUGCAGGUGCCGAGCAAGCAUUCAUCUAAACCUUACGCACAGGGGUUGGCCUAUCCCACAGCUACAGAAAUAUCAACAUUACAGUAUUUUACUGAAAACGGCUGCUCUGUGGUCCCGCGUCUUUUUCAUUGCUUGGUCUACUCCCAGGAUCCAAAUAUGCCUAUACCCGGAGGUUAUAUGGCUAUAUUGAUCAUGGAGAAAUGCCCUGGAGUGGUGCUGUCUGACUUCUGGAAUUUCGAGGAAUCAAAAAAGAAGAAAAUACGAAAAGCUUUUCUAAGAGAUUUCAGUGAAUUUCAAUCUUACCCCAUCGAUGCAGCGGACCCAGCUCUUCGAAAUAUCAUUUAUGAUGAAGUAGAGAACAAAUGUUGGUUCAUCGACCAUGAACAGACAUUUAUCUUCGAAGAAAGAGAAAUAGAACCAUAUAAAGCUGACAGGCGUGACCUCGAGGAAUGGGAUCUCGAGAAGUACAAGCGUAUUGAUUUUCAGACGAGCAUGAAUGGCACUGCAGAGGCCACGUGGGAUUAG